AUGGAAUCUAAUGCGACCACGUUCACUUCGGUGUUGGCCAGCACCAAGCUUGGCAACGUCAACAUCCCUCCCCAAAUCGAUUAUGUUAUCGAGAGGGUGACCAACGCCAGUGCCUGGACUAUCUUCUUCACCCUGUUGGCCAUCGCUGUCGCGUAUGACCAGAUCAGUUACAUCAUGUCCAAGGGUACAAUUGCCGGUCCCACCUUCAAGAUGCCCUUUAUCGGACCCUUCUUGGAAUCCGUGAACCCCAAGUUUGAGGAAUACAAGGCCAAAUGGGCCAGCGGCCCUCUUAGCUGCGUCUCCGUCUUUCACAAGUUCGUCGUUAUCGCAUCGACUCGUGACAUGGCUCGCAAAGUCUUCAACUCCCCCGGAUACGUAAAGCCCUGUGUCGUCGACGCUGCCCAUAAACUUCUCGGACCUACCAACUGGGUCUUCCUCGACGGCAAGCCCCAUGUCGAUUUCCGCAAGGGCCUCAACGGCCUGUUCACUCGUCAAGCGCUGGCUUCUUACUUGCCCGGCCAGGAGCAGGUCUACAAGCAAUACUUCCAGGAGUUUCUGCAAGCCACAAAAGAUGCUGGAGGCAAGCCCGUUCCCUUCAUGACUUACCUACGGGACCUUAUGACUGCUGUGUCAUGCCGCACCUUUGUCGGCUUCUAUAUCUCUGAUGAGGCUGUUCGCAAAAUCGCUGUCGAUUACUUCCUCAUCACUGAAGCUCUGGAGCUUGUCAACUUCCCAAUCAUCCUCCCCUUCACCAAGACUUGGUACGGAAAGAAGGCAGCCGACAUGGUUAUCGGCGAGUUUGCCAAGUGCGCCGCCAAGAGCAAGGUUCGUAUGGCUGCUGGAGGUGACGUGACUUGCAUCAUGGACGCCUGGGUUAAGUCCAUUCUCGACUCCAAGAAGUGGCGUGAGGCAGAGGCUGCUGGCUCGACUGAGGGCCUCGAGAAGCCCACCCCUCUUCUCCGCGAGUUCUCAGAUUAUGAGAUUGCCCAGACGGUCUUCACCUUCCUCUUUGCCUCUCAGGAUGCCACCAGCAGUGCCGCCACUUGGCUAUUCCAGAUCACCGCCCAGCGCCCCGACGUCCUUGAUCGAGUUCGUGAGGAGAACCUGAAGGUCCGCAACGGCAACAUUCAUGCCGAGCUGAACAUGGACCAGCUUGAAUCUCUUACUUACACCCGCGCCGUAGUUCGUGAACUGCUCCGUUGGCGCCCUCCUGUCAUCAUGGUGCCGUAUAUGGCCAAGAAGCCUUUCCCGAUUACCGACACAUAUACCGUUCCCAAGGGUGCCAUGAUCAUUCCUACCGUCUACCCCGCGCUUCGUGACCCUGAGGUGUAUGACCGCCCUGACGAGUUCGACCCUGAACGAUACUACACCGGUGAUGCCGAGGUCAAGGGCGCAAAGAACUUCCUCGUCUUUGGUGUCGGACCUCACUACUGCCUCGGCCAGGUCUACGCGCAGCUAAACCUCGCUCUUAUGAUUGGCAAGGCCUCCGUUCUUAUGGACUGGGAACAUCAUGCCACUCCGUUGUCUGAAGAGAUCAAGGUUUUCGCGACCAUUUUCCCUAAGGAUGACUGUCCUCUCACUUUCAAGGAGCGCACAGCAUAG